AUGCUCACGCUCAAGGUCCUCAUCCCUUUCUUAGGACUGGCCCUCGCGCCUGCCCUCGCCAACGCUGCCGCGUGCCCCGCCGGCUCCUUCUCCUCGACUGGCCAGUCGCCCUGCACGCUCUGUGCUCCCGGCACCUUCCAGAACGGCACGUACAUUCUCAAUUCCCCCGGCCUGACCUCCUGCAUCCCCUCCCCCGCGGGGUCCUUCGCGGCCGGGCCCGGAGCGACGAGGAAGACGGCGUGCUCGCAGGGCUCGUACCAGCCGCAGACGGGACAGGCGGCGUGCCUGCCGUGCCCUCCCGGCUCGUUCUGCAACGGGGUCGGGCGCUCGACGCCACAGCCGUGCCCGGCAGGGCGGUUCUCGGACACGCCGGGAACGGGGCUCGAGUGCCCGCUGUGCGCGGCGGGGUCGUUCCAGCCGCUCACGGGCCAGACGGCAUGCUGCCUGUGCUGCGCGGGGACGUUCCAGGGGACGACGGGCCAGCCGCACUGCCAGGCGUGCCCGGUCAAGGGCGCGAGCUCGCCCUUCGGCGCGACCGCGUCGUCGCAGUGCGGCGCGUCGAACGUCGGCUUCAGCGGCACGUGCGACCUCACGUCGUCCAACACCUGCCCGAACGGGGGCGGAUCGAGCGGGCUCCCACGGCGGCGCGCGGCAAGGCGCGACGCGUGCCCCGCGGGCCACAAGAGUUGCCCCAUCUACGGAUCCGGCGCGGGCGGGCGCGGGUUUGUGCGCGCGCACGAGUGCGUCGACGUCCGGCACGACCUCGAGAGCUGCGGCGGGUGUGUGUACGACGACUCGCCGUUCGGGGAGCGCUCCGCGGACGGGGGCCGGGACUGCUCGGCGAUCCCGUUCGUGGACCGCGUGACGUGCAAGGCGGGGGAGUGUGUCGUCUCGAAGUGCAGGGAGGGGUACAUCCCCGCGCCGGAUGCCUCGGGGUGCAUCGCGACGCUCAUGACGCAGCAGCAGAAUAUGGGCGUAGGCGGGCGCACGCAUGUCUGA